AUUAGAAGUCUAUAUCGAGUUUCUUCUUUGGAGAGUCGGAUGUUUACUCAACUCACGCCUUCUAGUUUUAAAGGAUGGGAGCUCGCCCUUGCUUUGCAGCUUGUUGAGGACCUCGGCCGCGUACUUGGAUCCCACGCCGUAGAUCUCGUCAAACUUGGAAAAGUCUAACGUGGCAUACCCUUCAAUUGGAGGCCGUAAAUAAACGCAAUCUUUGGAGUUUUUGGAUUUUUCCAAUGCAAUGACAGACGCCACGUAUGCCAGUCGAAUUUGGAUGUCUGUCAUGGUAGGAACGUUAGGGUGAGCUGAAAAUGGAUUUAUGCGAUUCAACAGCACCCACAAACCACUCAGUGAUUCACCAUAGUGCAUCUUGGACCGGUCAUCCUCCGAGCCGACGUCACACGCGAUGAUGGCAUGUGCCCCACGUCUUUUCAUCUCUUCAACCGUCAAAUUAUCGAUAUAGCCUCCGUCAAGAAGCAUAUUGCCAUUGUCAGUCAGCGGAGGUAAAAGAGCAGCAAGCGACAUGGAAGCACGCACAUACCUCCAUGCGUAGCCCGAAGUGUGAAUCUCCAUUACCGACUCCGUUAUGUUUGUGGAGUUGCAGUAAAAUUUGAUCCAGAAGUCUUCAAUUCUGGAAUCACCCAAAGCCUUCCAUAUUCCCCGAUUGAACUCGUGACCGGUGGUAUACGAAGUCAACGGAAUAGUUAGAUCCAACAAUGAACGCCAUAUAGAGCCCAUGCGUCCCGAAAACGUCUUUGCUCUUCCGUAGACCGGAACAAGGUCAUAUUCACGCGCAUAAAGAGCACCAACAAAGGCACCUAUCGAAGUACCACCAACAAAAUCAACAGGAAUACCCUUCUCCUCCAAAGCAGCAAUGACACCAAUGUGACUGAUGCCGCGAGCACCGCCUCCUCCCAGAACGAGACCAACGGCCUGUCCAGUGAGAAUACGUGCAAGUCGCAUAAAAUCAUCUUUAUGCUCUUGCAUGGGCCGGUAAUACCUCUUCGAUUUGAACGCCUCUCUGGUUUGCUUGAUCAUUUGCAGAAACUCAUUGUUACUCAGCAUAUGCCGUAGAUUAGCGGACAGCUUGGCGGUGGUGGCAGUAAGAAGCUUGCUCGUGUUUGCAGAUUUGGAUAUCGGGCCAAAGUCGACUUCAGCAGGCAUUGAGUUCGAGUCAAACGAAAGCUGAACAUGGUGGUGCGAAUGAACCCAGAUCCGGUUUUUCAGCCAGUUAUUAGUCGAGCCAGGCUCCACGUAGCGCUCAGGAUGAAGGAGAAUGAGUUCUGUGCGAGCUGUAGUGUUGUUCUUCACCAGCAGCCGCUCGUACUCACCAAUAUUUGGAGGCUGCUGAGAGUCCGCCAGGAGCAGGAUACAGUCUCCCUGCUGAAUGCAUGUCUUUGUCCAGGAGGAAUUAACUGGCGUAUCGGCAACGUAGAUGACAAUGUCAUAUUUGUCUUCUAGCUCGGAGAAAUAACCACUCUGUUUCAACUUGGCAAGAUGGUCAAAGGCAUGUUUUCCGAGACGACUCAGUGCCGUGGACUGGGUCAGCAUUUUGGCAGUCUUACUGACGUUUUCUAGCGCAGUGGUAAGCCUUUCGCCAAACUCAACGACCGGUAAACCGUACGUGAUUGGUAGGAUGGUGAUUGUUCGGUAGUUGUUGAAGUUUUUGCUGAAGUUGUCGUCCUUGAUUGUAGCUGUGGGAGUUGCCAGCUCAAAAUUUCCAUCGUGCUCUUUGCUAUGAAUGAAUCUGUUGGCAACAAUACGUGUGACUUUGACCAUGAUUGACGGAUUGCUGAGAGCAAUCAUCUCAAAGAGACUCCGUGGAAUACGAGCAAGCUCAGAGUCGCGGAUAGCCACCAAGGUCAGAUCCCGCUUAGUCUUGGUUAGCACCUCCACCUCUCCAAGAGAUUCGCCCUGUCCAUGCUCCGACACAAUGACCGGCUGCACAUCCCUUCCUUCAGGAGUCCUCAUCGAUCUGAACCGUCCAUUGAGAACAAUAUAAAUACCAUUGGCAGGGUCUCCCUGAGUGUACAAGGAGUCACCAGCCGAAAUGUGGACCCAUUCCAUAGCGUAGUCGGCCAGGAGCAAACGUUUGUCGAGAAUCCGCAACAGAUUUUUUGCAAUGGCCAGUUGAAGGUACGGGAAACGCUCGUUCAAGAUCUCAAACACCUCUCUAGGUAAAAAUGCCACAUAGCAGUCUACAGCUGCUACCACGUUCACAAAGGAUUUGGAGCCAAUCAAGGUUCCCAGAUAUCCAGCUAUACCGCCUUGCUUGACCUCAUAAACAAACUCCUCUGUAGGAUCUCCGUCGGUGUUUUCGUUCAUAUAAGUAACUUUCAGAACUCCAUCUAUCACGUAGUAAAUUCCUGGCGUGUGCUCAUUAGCUUCAAUCAGCUUGGUUCCGGCUGAUACGUGUUUUAAAUUGAUGGAGUUGGCCAGGUCAGACUUGAUGUUUUCGAAAUCCAUAAAACUCUUCUGACUUCCUGUGGCUCCGUCUUCAUCAUCGUUGGGAGUCCCGAGAUUGUGAGAUGAAAAAGUGCGAACUUUUGAUCUCGUUCCGAUGCCAAGGCCUUUUGGCUUAGUGUUCAUUUCGGUGAUGCCUGCAACCAUCGGCGAGCUCAUCACCGAAGGCGAGAAACUCAUUCUGCUCGGAGACGAGACCUGGAGUGACCCCCGAUCCACACCGAUGCUUUCGCAGAUGCUCUCUGCGAUGGCUACACGAACAGCCAUCUCCGCAGGCUCUUCAUUUUCACCGUUGACUAUUCUGUCGUGUAAGUGGCCCUUAUCUGUCUUUCCAAUACUUGCCAUCUUAUCCAAAUGGGACACCGGAACGUUCGAAACAAGGUCUCCGGGAUUAGUGGAGUUUCGAGCAGCCAACGAAAAGUGUCUUGACGAGUUUCUCGCGCCCGAAACCUCACUUCUUGGUCUACGGGCCUUGAUACGCGACCGUGGCACGGCAAGCAUAUCGUCGCUCUGGUUGCUUUCGUCUGCAUCCGAGCUGAGUGUUGCCAUGAAAGAAGUGGGAGCCGUAUGGAUGGAAAUGGGGCCAGCUGGAGAAACAGAUCUGGAACCAGGGUCUAGAUGAAUCGGCUCUGAUCUCAUCAAUUUCGAGCUCUGGCUUCUUUUCAACAGUGAGUGCGACUCAUUGAGUGUACUGUAAGAAGACAGUCUUGGCAUAAAAUGCUCCACAACCUUGUUGCUCAGAUAAGAGGGCAGCACAUUGGAGCAUUGCUUGUUGAGAUUAAUUUCUGUUCGCAUGAUGUCUGUGGUGAGGCCGAGAUAGUCAUGGGCUGUCUGAAACGUGACACGGUACAGUUUGGUCAAAAUCAUCUGAACAAUGUGACUGGUGGCCUUGGGAUAUUUAUAGGCGAGUCUGCUGAACGAAUCUUUGGGUAUGAUGGAUAUGGUGCAGUUGUUUUUUGGAAUAGCAAUCAGUGUUGGCGUUUCGUUCGACGACGGUGGCUGUGGCACCGGCGAGUCCGCAAACACCUUGUUGUCCAGGUCAAAAUCGGAAGGAACAGGUAAAAUACCAGAAGCCUGUCUGUCUGGAAUAUUUAAAUCCGAAGCGGUGAGUAAGUUCAACACACUUGUUAGCGAUGACAAUGGAGCACCACUUUUGACGUUGUUUAAAAGUCUGUACCUAAUAUCGUCAACAAUAACGUAGUUAGAGGAGGAUUCAUUGGUGAACACCGCAUUCUCGUCGUUUGAGCUUCCAAUCUUGCAAAAGACUUCAAUUUCGCCCUCGACGCAGAUCAUGAACCCCGAGUUUUCGUCCAAAAACACAAUCUCGCCGGAGUCCAGCUUUUGCGUCUGCAUGCUCUUUGUCAGCUCAUUGAACACUUGGCUCUCCAAAUAGCCAAAGAUCUUUAUUGCAGACAAGAAUUCGUCAAGAUAGUUCUGCCGGGCCUUGCGCUCUCUGCCAGACGUCUCCAGAAACGUGUCCAUCGACGGCUCCUGUCGCUUUGGGUCUUCAGGAAGCCGCGAAUAAACAGUCAAAUAUCUGUAAUGGAUGUAGGCAUAGGUGGCUAGAGAGACCACAAUUGCAAUUAAAAGGACGGUGGAAAACGAAAGGGCGACCUGUGCCAAGUAGGUCGCUAUCGAGUACAGAACUGCCGAAAAUAGGUAGAGAGAUGUUGCUAGGAAGUUGAUGACGCCGGACACCAGCUUCUGCGGGAGGACUAGCAACCACUGCGACAUGAUCCCUGGUGAAGACGUCCCUGGCUGUGUAAGAAAAAGAUGGAAAGCGUAGUUUGGCUGUGCAGGCCAGGAGUAGUCGGGCUGUGCAAGAGUAGGACGCGGGAAAUUUACAACAACAAAAAAAAAAAAAAACUCCCAGAAAAUUCAGAUUCCGGCUGUGCAACCCCCAAUUCACAGCCACGUUACCCUGCUCUCAACAAAUUCCAAAUCCCAACAGUCUUGUUGGGCGUACUAUUAUUUCAGUAUUGUGUAGCUAUUGAUCUGAGCACGGCGCAGCCACAAAUGUCUCUUAGAGCGCUUUCUUUUUUUUGUUGACGAGUCGUGGCUGCGUAGGUAAACUUUUCAACUAUAUCAACUGUCUUCAACAGCCUAUUUUUUUUUAACCAGCUGUUGUCAUGUCGGUGAAUAGACCGCUAGUUAUAACCCACGGAGGGAUUGAGACCACCAUCCUGACCCCUCCAACUAAUUACCUCCUGUACCAACAAUUGACCGCAGAUUUCUAUAAGUCCCUUCCAGAGGUUACCGAAGGAUACGCUGGCGAUGACGAGCCAGCGUCCAAGGCUGAACUGCUGACGAUGUUCUUGGGAUACAUCGUCAGGUCUAGUGUUCUGGAGUCGGAGAAAUUGGACGCGAUCAAGCUUGUCAUUGACGAGUUCGACACCAGAUUCCUGCUCAACAAAGAUAUCCACUCUUUCGCAGCCGAGUGUCUCGCGUCUGAGACCAACCCAACAACCUUAGAAAAGGUCAAGAACCACAUUUUGAAAAACUACUACUCUGGAAAGCUCUAUGUGGACAAGAAGUUUGGUCUGGAUCCUGCACCAGUCCAGUCUGCCCUGUUCAAGGCCGCCAAGGACAAAAAAGCCUCCAUCUACACGGUCUUCGGUGGCCAGGGAAACACCGAAGACUACUUCGAGGAGCUCAGAGAGAUCUACGACGUGUAUAAUCCACUUGUGGCGCCAUUCCUGUACAGCGUGCAGUCAAAGCUGCAAUCUCUUAUAUCUUCCACCUCCGACAUCGACAGAAUUUUCACGCAUGGUUUCGACCUCAUCAACUGGCUCGAGAAACCAGAACAGACUCCAAACACAGAACACCUGCUCUCGAUUCCCGUGUCAUGUCCGUUAAUCUGCGUGAUUCAGCUGUGCCACUUCGCCAUCACGUGCAGACUUUUGGGUGUCACCCCUGGCCAGCUCAAUGAGCUCACUAGCGGUACCACAGGUCACUCGCAAGGUCUUGCCACUGCAAUUGCCAUUGCCUCGGCCGACACUUGGGAAUCCUUCGAGGUCCAGGCUUUGAAGGCCGUCGAGUUCCUUUUCUACCUUGGUGUCAGAUGUCUCCAAGCUUACCCAUCAACCUCGCUUGCACCAAGUACCGUCAAGGACUCAGAAGAAAACGGUGAAGGCACUCCAGGUCCUAUGCUCUCCAUCAGAGACCUCACCUACGAACAGGUCACCAAGUUUGUCGACGAGACCAACCAGCAUCUGCCCGAGGCCAAGAAGAUUGGCAUUUCCUUGGUUAACGGUGCCAGAAAUCUGGUUGUCACCGGUCCACCAGAAUCUCUGUACGGUCUCAAUUUGAACCUCAGAAAGGCCAAGGCACCUUCUGGGCUUGAGCAGUCCCGUGUUCCUUACAGCGAAAGAAAACUCAAAUUCUCCUCGAGAUUUUUGCCGAUUAUGUCUCCAUUCCACUCUCAUCUGCUUGCUCCAGCAUCUCCAAAAAUCAAAGAAGACCUUGAGAAGUCUAAUCUCGAAUUUAAUACUGCGGACCUGAAAAUGCCAGUCUAUGAUACUUACGACGGCUCGGAUCUCAGAAAUUACACCGGAUCCAUCACUUCCAGACUGAUCGAGCUUAUCACUCUCCUGGCUGUGAACUGGGAAGUGGCCACCAAAUUCGAGGCCACCCACAUCAUUGACUUCGGUCCUGGUGGAGCUUCUGGCUUGGGAGUUCUCACCCACAGAAAUAAGGAGGGCACUGGAGCCAGAGUUAUUAUUGCCGGCGCUUUGAACGUUCCUGGCGAAGAUUCGGAGUUCGGCUACAAACAGGAGCUGUUUGAUAUCAACGCUUCCUCUCUAAUAUAUGCUCCAAAUUGGCUUCACAACUACCAGCCUAAACUGAUCAAGACUUCCGAAGGAAAAAUAUACGUCGAUACGAAAUUCUCCAGACUGCUGGGAAGAGCACCACUCAUGGUCCCUGGAAUGACGCCGAGUACCGUCUCGCCCGAUUUCGUUGCUGCCACCAUUGAAGCUGGCUACCACAUCGAACUAGCAGGUGGUGGCUACUUUAAUCCAGACAUGAUGACCAAGGCUUUGACCAAGAUCGCUGAAAACAUCACUCCAGGUUCCGGUAUCGGAGUCAACUUGAUUUAUGUUAGUCCUAAGAUGCUUCAAUGGGGUAUUCCUUUAAUCAGAGACCUCAGGGCCAAGGGCUUCCCAAUCCAGUCUUUGACCAUAGGUGCUGGUGUUCCUUCUCUUGAGGUUGCCACCGAGUACAUUGAAACUCUCGGAUUGACUCACCUGGGCUUGAAACCAGGCUCCAUCGACGCAAUCAGCCAGUGUAUCACCAUUGCCAAGGCACACCCUAACUUCCCAAUUGUGGUCCAAUGGACCGGUGGAAGAGGUGGUGGCCACCACUCAUUUGAGGAUUUCCACCAGCCAAUCUUGCAAAUGUACUCCAAGCUCAGAAAAUGUCCAAACAUCAUUCUGAUUGCCGGUUCUGGUUUUGGUUCUGCUGAGGAUACCUAUCCGUACCUAACUGGUGCUUGGGCUACGAAGUUCAACUACCCACACAUGCCAUUUGAUGGUGUGCUAUUUGGUUCCAGAGUCAUGGUUGCCAAGGAGUGCAAGACCUCUCCUGCUGCCAAGAAGGCCAUUGCUGCCUGUACCGGUGUUGACGACAGCAAAUGGGAACUGACCUACAAGAAGCCAGCAGGUGGUAUUUUGACUGUGAAGUCCGAGAUGGGUGAGCCAAUCCACAAGAUUGCCACGCGAGCCGUUAUUUUCUGGAAAGAGAUGGACGACACUAUUUUCUCACUUCCUAAGGCCAAAAUGCUGGAAGCUUUGGAGAAAAAGAAGGACUACAUAAUCAAGAAACUCAAUGCCGACUUCCAAAAGCCAUGGUUUGGAAAGAACGACGAGGGUGUUUGCGACUUACAAGACAUGACAUACGAGCAGGUUGCCAAGAGAUGCGUGGAGCUGAUGUACGUGAGAAAGUCAAAGAGAUGGAUCGACGUGAGUUUGCGAAACUUCCUCGGCAAGUUCCUGAGAAGAGUCGAGGAACGUUUUGCUGGCAAGGAGACUUUCUCACUCAUCCAGACAUUUAGUCUUUUGGAGAACCCAGACUCCUGCUUGGAAGCCGUUUUCAACGCAUAUCCAGAAGCCAAGAGCCAAUUGGUUAACGCUGAAGAUUGCGACUAUUUCAUUGCCAUGUGCUCUAAUCCAGGCCAGAAGCCGGUUCCGUUCGUCCCAGUUUUGGACGAGAGAUUCGAGGUGUUUUUCAAGAAAGACUCUCUAUGGCAAUCUGAGGAUCUCGAGGCCGUUGUUGACGAGGAUGUUCAAAGAACGUGUAUACUGCAUGGUCCCGUUGCUGCUCAAUUCACCAACAAGGUGGACGAGCCAAUCAAGGAGAUUUUGGACAAUAUUCAUGAAGGCCACAUCAAGAAGCUUUUGGACGACGUUUAUGGUGGAAACAUCUCUAGAGUUCCUGUUGUUGAGUAUUUCACUGAUAAGAGCACUGUCAAAAUCGACUCUAUUCCAGGUGUGCAAGUCAAUAAGACUGCUGAUGCUGUGACAUAUUCUAUUGGCUCUUCUUUGCCAGAGACCGACGCUUGGUUCAAGCUUCUAGCUGGCUCUGAGCUGAACUGGAGACACGCAUUUGUUACUGCUGACAGAUGCGUUCAGGGCUACAACCACGUUGAGAACCCAGCCAAGAAGGUCCUGGCUCCAGCUCAGAACAUCUCUGUCAGAAUCCAAUACCCAGACGACGUCUCGAAGACCGUUAUUUCCCUGUUCGAGUCCAUCAAAGGCAAAGACAAGGAAGUGGUCAGAAUAUGUGCCGAUGGCAACUCCAUCAAGAUGAGUCUGAUUGAGCACAGAACGGCUGAUGGAACUCCUGUUCCAUUGGAGUUGCUUUACAUAUACAAGAAGUCCGACGGAUUUGCUCCAAUUCAGGAAGUCAUGGAUAGCAGAAACGACAGAAUCAAGAAGUUCUACUGGAAAUUGUGGUUCGGUUCCAAUGUUCCUGUUGAGCUGGACUUCAAUGCAACCUCAACGAUCGAUGGUGGUUCCACGGAAAUCACUCAACAGGCCAUUGCCGAACUGACACAUGCUGUUGGAAACUCUUGUGAAUAUUUCGUUCCAAGAGUUGGCAGAGACCAAUUGGCUCCUAUGGACUUUGCUAUUGUUAUUGGAUGGAGAGCUAUCAUGAAAGCAAUCUUCCCUAAGUCUGUCGACGGUGACAUUCUGAAGCUUGUUCACCUGUCCAACGCGUACAGAAUGAUGCCAGGCGCCGAACCAUUGAAAGUCGGUGACAAGGUCUCUUCUGAUGCCCAGAUCGUCUCUGUGGUCAACAGUGCAACAGGUAAGACUGUUGAGGUUCUUGGUACUAUUUACAGAGAUGGAAAGGCUAUCAUGGAGGUCACCUCCGCUUUCUUCUACAGAGGCAUUUACACAGACUUUGAGAACACCUUCCAGAAGACUACCGAGACUCCGAUGGAGGUCAAUCUGAAGACAGCUAUGGACGUUGCUGUUUUGCAGUCCAAGGAGUGGUUCCAUCUAGGCUCUGAGCCAAUUGACCUGAUCGGCAAGACUCUGACCUUCAGAUGCAAAUCCGUCUACUACUUCAAGAACCAGAACGUUUACUCCUCGGUGAGGACCACUGGUGCCGUGUUUUACGAGAUGCCGUCGAAGGAAAUCAAACAGGUUGCCGAGAUCAACUACAAGGCUGGUGUUUCGCACGGUAACCCUGUGGUUGACUACUUGAGCAGGAACGGAGUGCCAAUCGAGCAGCCAGUUCAGCUGGAGCACGCCGUUCCUCUGUCUGGUGCACUUGUCACCAAGGCUCCAGGUUCCAACGAGACGUACGCCGCCGUUUCUGGUGAUUACAACCCUAUCCACGUCUCAAGAGUCUUUGCUUCCUACGCAAGCUUGCCAGGCACCAUCACCCAUGGUAUGUUCUCCUCUGCUUCGGUCAGGUCUCUUGUCGAAAUGCAUGCUGCCAACGGUGUUGCUCCAAGAGUGAGGGCCUACAAGGCGAACUUUGUUGGAAUGGUUCUGCCAAACGACGAGCUUACAACUCAGUUGGAGCACGUUGCCAUGAUCAACGGAAGAAAGAUCAUCAAGAUCGAGACCAAGAAGGCUGACACCGGCGAUGUUGUGCUUUCUGGUGAGGCAGAAAUUGACCAACCGGUCUCCACGUUCGUCUUUACCGGUCAAGGUUCUCAGGAACAGGGUAUGGGUAUGGAUUUGUACAACUCGUCUGAGGUUGCCAAGAACGUUUGGGAUAGGGCCGACAGACACUUUAUUGACAACUACGGAUUCUCGAUCUUGGACAUCGUCAAGAACAACCCUAACGAGUUGACAGUCCACUUUGGUGGUCCAAAGGGAAGAAAGAUCAGAGAGAACUACAUCACGAUGAUGUUUGAAACCAUCGAUGAGGAUGGAAAUCUUAAGUCGGAGAAAAUUUUCAAGGACAUUGACGAGAACACCACCACUUAUACUUUCAAGUCGCCAACGGGAUUGCUUUCUGCUACGCAGUUCACCCAGCCAGCUCUUACUCUUAUGGAGAAGGCUACAUUCGAGGAUAUGAAGUCCAAGGGAUUGGUGCCUAGCGAGUCCAUGUUUGCUGGUCACUCUCUUGGUGAGUACUCGGCUUUGUCAUCUCUGGCAGACGUUAUGCCAAUCGAGUCCCUGGUCGAUGUGGUGUUCUACAGAGGUAUGACCAUGCAGGUUGCUGUUCCAAGGGACAGCUUAGGAAGAUCGAACUAUGGUAUGUGCGCUGUGAACCCAUCCAGAGUCUCUCCUACCUUCAACGAUUCUGCCCUGAGAUUCGUUGUCGAGCACAUUAGCAAGCAAACCGGCUGGCUGUUGGAGAUCGUCAACUUCAACGUGGAGAACCAGCAAUACGUUGCUGCCGGAGAUCUUAGAGCUCUGGAUACUUUGAGCAACACGUUGAACGUGUUUAAGAUCCAGAAGAUCGACAUUGUCAAGCUGCAGGAGACAAUGUCGCUCGAAAAGGUUGCCGAGCACCUGAGUGAGAUCGUCGACGAGGUUUCCAAGAAGUCUUUGGCCAAGCCACAGCCAGUCGACCUGGAAAGAGGAUACGCCUGUAUCCCAUUGAAGGGCAUUUCUGUUCCAUUCCACUCCUCUUACCUGAGAUCUGGUGUCAAGCCAUUCCAGAGAUUCUUGGUGAAGAAGAUUCCAAAGUCUGCUGUGAAGCCAGCCAGCUUGAUUGGCAAGUACAUUCCAAACUUGACUGCCAAACCAUUUGAGUUGACGAAAGAGUACUUUGAAAAUGUCUACGAACUGACUGGGUCUGAGAAGAUCAAGGCUAUUCUGGACAACUGGGAGCAUUACGAGUCAGCAUAAUAUAUAGAAAUUUAUAAUUUAAUUGGAGACAUAGGAAAAAAAAAAGUUGGUCGACGCGACGCGACGCGACUCAAACGCGAAACCGCAAGAUUUGCUCACUUAUCUGCAUGUUUGCGAGACUAGGAAUAAGAAGCAUGACGGCCACCCAAAAACAGCAAACAUUAUCUCGAUUUUUUGGUUCUCAGGGCGAGCGUUGCAUGGCCAAGAAGCGGUCGCGUAGUCCAUCGCCCGCUUCAUCUAAAAAGGCCCCCAAAAGCGACGACACAAAGGAGAGCACGCCAGACGAUUCUGUUGCAGAUGUUGCAGAUGACGCGAAGGAGAGACUGAUAGACGCCAAAGAGCUUUUGAAGAUGGACUCGGAGGUCAAAGUACCUGACAUGGCCGUCGGGAAACCGAUCCUGUAUAGCAAAUUGUGCGAGGUGUUUGAGGCCCUAGAAAAAGAGUCCGGCAGACUCAAGUGCAUCGAGAUCGCCUCCGAGAUGUUUUCCCACGUGCUGGACACAUCUGAGAAUCAGGAAGACCAGAUAAGAAACCUUGUUGAGGUCAAUUACCUGACUAUCAAUAGGGUGUGCCCAGAUUACGAGGGGCUUGAGUUGGGACUAGGCGAGACUCUUCUCAUGAAAGCACUGGCCACAGGUACAGGCCGUUCGAUGCAGCAGCUGAAAAAAGAUCUUGGAGAGUAUGGCGACAUCGGUCUGGUUGCUCAAAAAUCGAGAUCCAAGCAAAGUUUGAUGUUCAAGCCGCAACCGUUGACAGUGUUUCAAGUAUUUAAAAAUCUCAAGGAAAUUGCAAGCAUGUCGGGAGCCUCUUCGCAGAACAAAAAAAUUGCCAUGAUCAACAGAAUGCUGACGUCCUGUGACUCGCGCGAGGCCAAAUUCCUGAUGAGGUCGUUGGAAGGCACGUUGCGCAUCCAGUUUGCAGAGAAAUCGGUGGUGGUUGCAUUGGCCAAGGCUUUGGUGGAGCACGAGAUGAAGCAGCGGGGCCAAAAAGUGACUCCUGCAAUUCUGAGUGAGGCUGAGGAGCAGAUGAAGGAGGCAUUUUCGCAGACGCCCAAUUACGAGCUGAUCAUCGAGAGCGCGAUAAAAUACGGAACUCUCAAGCUCAUGGACCACUGCACGCUGAAGCCAGGAAUACCCCUCAAGCCAAUGCUUGCAAAACCAACCAAGUCGAUCACGGAGAUCCUCAACCAGUUCGAGAACCAGGAGUUCACGUGCGAGUACAAAUACGACGGCGAAAGAGCACAGGUUCACCUGCUACCUGACCGAACGCUUAGAGUUUACUCUAGGAGCUCCGAAAACAUGACCCAAAGAUAUCCAGACCUAAUUCCCGUCAUGGAGGAGCUCCAGAGACUUAAUCCAGAAGUGAAAUCGUUUAUUUUGGACUGCGAGUGUGUGGCAUGGGACAAGAAGCAGGAAAAGAUCCUCCCGUUCCAGAUCCUGUCAACCAGAAAGCGCAAGGACGUGAAGGAGGAAGACAUAACGGUGCAGGUGUGUUUGUUUGCCUUUGACAUUCUGCUGUACAAUGGCGAGUCCCUACUCCAGAAGUCUUUGAAAGAGCGCAGACAAUACAUGUACGACAAUCUGAAGGUUAUCCCUGGGAAGUUUCGUUUCUCUGAGAAACUCGACUCCUCCGAUUUAGACGUCAUAACGAAGUUCCUUGACCAGUCCGUCAAGGACUCUUGCGAAGGGCUGAUGAUCAAAACGCUUAAUGGGACGAACAGCUUAUACGAGCCAUCCAAAAGAUCGAGGAACUGGCUCAAGCUGAAGAAAGACUAUUUGGAGGGAGUCGGAGACUCUCUGGAUCUGGUAGUCAUUGGUGCAUAUGUUGGCAAGGGAAAGCGCACUGGAGGGUACGGCGGGUUUUUGCUCGCUAGCUACAACCCAGACAGUGGCGAGUUUGAGGCUAUCUGCAAAAUUGGCACCGGCUUUAGUGAAGAGAUGCUUGCUUCGUUAUUUGAGAAACUCAAGCCAACACAGUUGGACAAGCCUAAAGCGUCGUUCGUGUACGAUAAGACGAAUCCCCGAGCAGCCCCAGAUAUCUGGUUUGAACCAACAACGCUGUUUGAGGUGAAAGUGGCGGACUUUACCGAAAGUCCUCUCUACAAAUGCGGCUACAGUUUUUUGGGAGACGGCUCCAAAGGAGUGUCACUGAGAUUUCCACGGUUUGUGCGGAUAAGAGAUGACAAGAGCGUUGAGGAUGCAACGACAAGCGAGCAGAUAGUGGAGAUGUACGAGAAACAGGCACAUCUUAGCUGAUAACCAAACUUCAUAGUGUACAAUAUUUCAAAUCAGAAAUCUUUGGCCGCCUAACUAUUUU